AUGGCAGGGAUUUGGGCAAAAAUUGUUCCUAUUCGGAAGCGACAACAAUUUUUUACUCAAUCUCUGUUGUCAUGGCUCUUUGAGAACCUACAGACAGAUGUGAUGGUGGCCAAUGUCCCGUGGGCCACUACGUUUGCGAUGGCCGUGUGGUGGAGUUGGAAGUGGCGCUGCAGCAACGUAUUUGGGGAGAAUCGCAAGUGCAGGGAUCGGGUUUUAUUUGUAACAGAGCUACCAGCGGAGGUUUGGAAAGCAAACCAGGCCUUGAGUGUGAGAGUAGGCGCGAGUCCCAGGGUGCACAGAUUGGUUGGCUGGAAGGCUCCGGUGGCGGGAUGGAUGAGAUUGAAUACGGAUGGAGCUUCACGUGGGAAUCCUGGCCUAGCGUCUGCGGGUGGAGUCAUUAGGGAUGUUCUUGGUAAAUGGAUUUGUGGUUUUUCCUUGAAUAUUGGCUUGUGCUCUGCUCCACUAGCGGAGUUGUGGGGAGUAUACUAUGGUUUGGUGAUGGCGUGGGAGAAGAGGAUCCCUCAGCUGGAGGUCGAAGUAGACUCGGAGCUGGUGGUCGGGUUUCUGAAGAAAGGGGUAAGUAACACGCAUCCCCUAGCGUUCCUGGUGAGUCUGUGCCACGGCUUUAUUUCAAAGGACUGGUCGGUCCAUAUUGUUCAUGUGUUUCGAGAAGCAAAUCGCCUGGCAGAUGGUUUGGCGAAUCAUGCGUUCUCGUUGCCGUUAGGGUUUCAUUGGUUCGAACUUGUCCCUCCAUCUCUGGAGUCUGUAUUGUGGGAGGACGAGAUUGGUUUUACACGUCCUCGUGACGUUUGUUUGUAA